UGGAUUUUGCGUCCGCCUUUUCAGAAUUGAAACUGCGCGACAGCAAUGAGUGUUGCAGAGGAAUCGCACGAUACAACCUAUGACCGAGGAGUCAGGGCAACAAAUGGCUUCCUGUCGAAGGUUUUCGUUUCAUGUGCUGGGGACCCCAAGGGAUCCGUUCACCGAGCAUGGGGCCUCAGCCUGCUUUUUGCUGUUUUGUUUUUUGUACUUUCCGUCGUCGAGAUGAUCAAUCUCCAGACGAUGGGCGGGUCGAAGGCGCUAGUUUUAGCCGCCGUAUGGACAGGCAUAAUCCAUUUGGUGCUCGGUGUGCUGGGUACGUUCGUGCUCAAGCGUUUCCCAACUUCCUUCUCUGUGGGGUUUCUGUUGGGAGUUCUGGUAGUAGUUGCGAAUCAGAAUUUGAUUCUAUUCGGCACCUUCCAUGCGUACAGCUCUGGCAAUGCCGGAACCAACCAUGCCUUCGCAAAUUUGAUGCUUGGUAUCUUUCUCGUACUGGCAUUCUUUGCGGCGAUUCUAUUUCAUUUUAGAAAGAACAUCGUUGUUGCAGCAGCCGACGCGAAGGGAGUGGGAAGGCGUUCGGAGAAGCUGGCAGCUUCGAGUGUGGAUUAUCAGCAAUACAGCGAACAAACUUGA